AUGCAGACACCAGAGUCUACAGCUCAAGCUGUCUCCAAGGGAGAGGCCAUCGCACUGGAAUACAUACCAGGAAGUGGUUACUCCUUCCCGGUAGUGGUAGGAAACCAAACUAUCACACUCAAAGUUGUAUCCGGGGUAGAAGGGAUAGUAUUGUUUGAUGAUGGAUCUUCCGCAUGCCAGAAGGCAACAACAAAUGCGCUCUGCUACGACCCAAGGCUCUCGUCAACAGCCAUCUGGUGUGACAACACGGAGGUAUGCAUACCUGGUAAGGACGAUUUCGAAUGUAAUGAAGUAAAAUCCUCCGAAUCUAUCAAUGCCGCCACAACAACAGAUUUUCGUAGCGAAGGGGUGGCACACCAUAUGGAAACCGUUGAGGGAUACGAAAACAUCUCCAUACGCAAUGCGUCACUCUUUCUACCCGUCACAUUCGAACGUAUGCCGGUGAAACUGGCUAAAAAUGUAACGGUAGGAGCCAACCUGCCGGUCACAAAAGGAGCUGGCGGGUUCUUUGGUUUAUAUGGACAUUCAGUCAGUUGUAGAGAGCGUUCCCUGUGGGCAGAGAUGUUAGCAAAGUACCAAGGUUUCUACACCAUAGAUAUAUACGGAGAUGCCGUUACGGAUACUGUAGAUCCCUCUGAGCAGGUUAAUUCCAUAAGGCUGGGCCUUGACUUCGUCCAAAAACAGGAUGUAAUGUGGGCAGAAAAACGCCAAGUCGGUGGCAUCUUUACAGACGCCUCAAUUGAGUUCUCCGCAUAUGAAAUGUCCAUGUGUGGAGUCAACCUAUUUGGGAAAACAUCAAGCUACUGGCAAGUUGCCAUAGACCUUACAUCACAGUGUUUGGUACUCCCCAAGAAUUUCUGGUUCACACUCAUGGCACAACUGCCAGUCGUAGAAGGGUGUUAUCUCAAAGAGUCGCCAAAAAUGUGCGCAAUAAGACUCGAUGGUGCUAAAAAACUUCCAAUGCUCACUUUUAAACUAAGACAAAUGACUGAUGACCUGAUCUUAAGCAUACCGCUGCAAAAUCUGCUACUAGACAACACCGACAAUCCAACGCUGUGCAUAGUGCCCGACGAAGAUACACCCGUUCCACCGGUGUUUACAGACCGUCCUAGCAUCAAGUUUGGUUACAAGGUCCUGGAGGCUCUGCAAGUAGUAGUGGACACUAACGGCUACCGGGUAGGGUUCGUGCACAAGCAAUCUGCGGACACAGCCAACGACAUUUGUGUAAAACCUGUCCAGUGCGUGUGA